AUGGAGGAUCGCAUAUUCCUCCCCAAGCUUGAUGAGUUCCACAGUGACGCCUGCAAUUCAGAUUUUGUCAUUGGUGUCUAUAAACAUGCCGUCAAGACAUUGUGUGUCCAGACUUCGAAAAGAGGCAGUAGUGGAUACUUCCUCAGAAGCCUUGCCUAUGCUAUGGAGGAGCACCAGUCUGUCAAGGCCUUGACACUUGGGGAUGAGGAACGUGCCAUUCCCAUUGAUGCAGCUCAUGAUUUUUCUCGUGGCGCACCAAAUCUGACGAACCUCACUCUGUGUUUACAAGGUAGAGAGGCACCAGUACAGCUCAACACAGUCACCUGGGAAGCUGAUUUCUAUAGCAUCCUGUUUCAAAGCUAUCAGGAACUUACCACCCUCACCCUGCUCAUCCCUUUCACUUUGCUUGCUAUUCGUGCUAGGAGCAGGCUGGAGCUCGAAGGGAGCUACGAGAACCGCGACCGAGGACGGGAAUGGCCUAGUAGUGCCUGGAACGACGAAAUGAUGACCCUUGAGGGGGUUCCUAGGAGGUCCAGGGAGGUCCCUAAGGCGUAGGGAGGUUA